AUGAUCAGCACAAAGAAAGGCUACAAGCCUCAGAAGAAUCUUCUCUCAAACCUCCAAAGCUCAAAUCAUCUCUUUGAUGAAGAAUACUCAAGAAUGAAUUAUAUCAAAGGUACUUCUUGCACUCCCCUUACUUGGCACAAGCAAAGGAUCAGAUACCAUCUCCUUGAGUACGAUGAUCUCAUUGAUUCAUCAGAGCUCAACAGUAGACACUAUAAGAAAAUCGCUUGUACUAUAGAAGAUAAUUAUGAAAAAUAUGAUUCGUUCAUCAUAAUUUAUGGAACAGACACGAUGUCAUAUAUGGCUUCCCAACUUUCCUUCAUGUUGGAAAACUUAGCCAAAACUGUUGUAAUUACAGGAGCUCAGAUUCCCAUCUCAGAAUGGAGAAAUGAUGCAGAGUCAAACCUCAUCGGAGCUCUUACAGUAGCUGAGCAUUGCAUCCCUGAAGUGACUGUCUUGUUUUAAUGGAUCUUUAUUCAGAGGUAAUCGAAUCAUCAAGUCUGACUCUACCAAAAUGCAGCCUUUUAGCUCUCCGAAUUUUGGAAAGUUAGCGACUUUCGGGGUCUUUCUGAACUACAAGAAGAACCUCAUCAGGAAGCCUCCAGCUCCAGGGUUAACAUUCAAAGUAUUCCACAUGAGUGAUAGAAGGAUUUCGCUGAUUUACAUGCAUCCUUUGAUGACAAAGGAUAUAUUCUUAAGUUCCUUUAAGAAGAGCAAAGCUAUCAUCCUGCAGCUCUACGGCAUGGGAAAUUUUCCAAUGGAAAGAACAGACUUAGUUGAAAUAAUCAAGGAUGCUGUCCUAAAGCAUAAGAAAACCGUUAUAAUUACUAGUCAAUGCAGAGCAGGCAUGGUGAAAGGAAGCUACUCUAGCUGACUUGAACUCACAAGGAUUGGUGUACUUCUCUCUGAAGAUAUGACGACUGAAACUGUCAUUGCUAAACUAUCCUAUGCCCUAGGCAAAGGAUUUAGAGACAAAGAACUCGAAGAAGUCAUGCGCUCUGACCUUAGAGGAGAGAUUUCUGCUCCUGUAGAAAAGAUACAGGAUGAAAAUCAAUUAACUUUAUCAAACAUUUUAACAAUGAGUAAUAUUCUUCAAGAUUCGACACUGGAAGACUUAAAUAAAAUGGCUGAAAUGCUCCAAUCAAGUUUGACUCAAGCCAAAACUAAUGAAUACACAGUAGAGAAGCUCCAAAAAUCUUUGAAAGAUGGAGUGGACAUUAACUCAAAGAAUGACAGUGGAGAAGCUCCUAUCCAUAUUGCAGCUAAAACUAACAAUGAAGAUCUGGUUGAUUUCUUAAUUAACCAAGAAAAUCUCGAUGUCAACUCUUUGGAUAUAAAGGAAAAUUCACCUCUUUAUUAUUCCUGUGUAAACGGAAGUUCUUCUAUAGCCACUAAAUUGAUCUCUAAGGGAGGUUCCUGUCUCUCAAGUCCUGGCUGUCUUGCAAGGACCUUAGAGAGUAAGGCUAAAAUAAAUGAUAUUCAGAGUUUGAAGUUGUUCCAUUCAGCUGGCGUUAAUCUCGAUGCAAUAAGCUGUAAAGUAAAAAUACUCAAAGAAGCCUCCAAGGAUAACAACAAUCAAGAUGAAAUGAACACCACUACCUCCAAAAUAAACCCAGCAAUUGUUGCUGCUUUCGCUGGUUUCAAGGAAGGAUUCAUGCUUGAUGAAAAGUCUUCAUCUCCUGUAGGCCUGAAUAAUUCAAUCUAG